UUCGAUAUCACAUUGUAUUUGUAUUGUACAGUUAUUUUAUAAUGAAAUAAGCAAAUCGAUGCAAUUAUGUGUAAUAUUGUGGUAUAAGAAAUUUUACUGAAUUGAAUAAUGCAAGAUGUCGUUAUCAGAUGGAAUACAAAAGUCAAUCGACAUGGAUAUUACAGCCAAUAAUUCACAAAACUCAGAAUCUCAAAAAGCGGGAGAGAAUGGCGAAAAGAGUAAAAACAAAAGCGCGGGAGACCCACAACAAAGCAGUUGCUAUUGUGGCAAAGAGAGGAAUUUAAAUAUAGUGGAGUUGCUAUGUGCAUCUUGUAAUAGAUGGUUCCACGAGUCCUGUAUUGGAUAUCAACUGGGAAAGCUUGUUCCGUUCAUGACAAACUACCUUUUCAUCUGCAAGAAUUGCUCACCAACAGGACUAGAGACAUUUAAGAAGAACCAAGCACCAUUUCCGCAGAUGUGUCUAACUGCUAUUGCUAAUCUGCAACAGGAAAGCUCUAAGGAGGGAAACAAUAAAAUGCUAUUUAGCAAGGAUAGAGAGAUAAUUCCAUAUAUUGAUCAGUACUGGGAGGCAAUGACCACAAUGCCACGAAGAGUGACUCAAUCUUGGUACGCGACGGUACAACGAGCUCUGAUCAAGGAUAUACAGAUCCUGUUUACGUACGAAGAAGAUCCAGUACAGGGACAGAUGUUUGGCCUUUAUAAUACAGAAUUGACUUCCAUCAAGCCUAACUAUGAAGCUAUGAUCAAACAGGGCCAGCUGAAAGUCACAGAUAUGGGUAUUGCUACAGUACCACUUGCCGGUAACGUGAAGGGUCGCCAGGGGAAGCGACGGCCCGCUGUGGGGGGGUUGGAGACGGGUGCUCCUGUAGGUAAGAAGGGCCGUGCGAGCGAUCUGAGCGCCCUCAAACUGCCCAGCCACGGCUAUCCCACCGAGCAUCCCUUUAACAAGGACGGCUACCGGUACAUCCUCGCUGAACCCGACCCCCAAGCGCCGUUUAGACAGGAAUUUGACGAGAACAACGAGUGGAGCGGCAAGCCGAUCCCGGGCUGGCUGUACCGCGCGCUGUGCCCGGGCGCGGUGCUGCUGGCGCUGCACGACCGAGCGCCGCAGCUGCGCCUCUCCGAGGACCGCCUGGCUGUCACAGGAGACAAGGGAUACUGUAUGGUGCGCGCCACCCAUGGUGUGUCAAGGGGGGCGUGGUACUGGGAGGCGGUGGUGGAGGAGCUGCCUGAAGGUGCGGCGGCGCGGCUGGGCUGGGGACGCCGCUACGCCAACCUGCAGGCGCCGCUCGGUUACGAUAAGUUUGGCUACUCGUGGCGCAGCCGCAAGGGAACCAGGUUCCACGAGUCGCGCGGCAAACAUUACAGCGCUGGGUACGGGGAAGGUGACACCCUGGGCUUCCUCGUAGUGCUGCCUGACAGUGCCGCCAUCAGACACACGCCCAACACUUACAAGGAUAGGCCUUUAGUGAAAUUCAAAAGUCAUUUAUACUACGAAGAUAAAGACAACAUUCAAGAGUCUCUCAACAAUUUAAAACCAUUGUCGGGUAGUCGCAUAUUAUUCUUCAAGAAUGGUGAAUGUCAGGGCGAGGCGUUCACAGAUAUCUACCAAGGAUGCUACUACCCCACGGUAUCAUUGCACAAGAAUAUCACCGUCAGCGUCAACUUUGGACCCAACUUCAAGUUUCCACCUGCUACUGAAUAUAAUUAUAGACCGAUGUCAGAGAAAGCUGAGGAAGCGAUAUGCGAGCAAACAAUGGCGGAUUUACUUUAUUUGACUGAGAACGAGGGAAAACUGCGCCUCGAUAACUUCAACCUCUGAUACUAAGCACACCGCGUGACGGUGUGACUGCGGCUGUGUAGUGUGUUGUGACUGUGACCCUUGGCAAUGAACUACUGUUACGUUGAACUGGGAUCCAAGGCAAUGAAUCACUGAUAUGUUGAACUGUGACCAGUGGUAAUGGAACAGUGAUGAGUUGAACUGUGACCAGUGGCAAUGCAUGAGUGAUGAGUUGAACUGUGACCAGUGGUAAUGGAUCAGUGAUGAGUUGAA